AUGUGGAGAAAACUGGGUAUUGAGAGGAUUGUGAGAUUAAAUGCAGGCCAUACUCUGGUUAAAUUCAGAGAUGAAGCGACUAGAGACUUGGUGUUAGAAAAUGGGGUUUUGCAUUUUGAUAGAAAACCUGUUAUAGUAAGACCUUGGACCAUUGAAUUAGAUCAUUUGAGGUUGGUUAAAUCGGUACCGGUGUGGGUGAGACUACCUGGAUUGGGGUUACAGUAUUGGGGAACCAAGUGUUUGAGUGCUUUAGUUAGCACUCUUGGGAAACCAAUUCUUGUUGAUAAGGUUACAAAGGAUAGAUCUAUGAUGCAAUUUGCAAGGGUUUUAGUGGAGAUUGACAUAGCAGAUGAGGUCCCGAAAUCUAUUCAGUUUUUGAAUGAACGAGGGCAAUUAAUGGAGCAAUUUGUUGAGUUUGAAUGGCUGCCCACACAGUGUAAGAUCUGUAAGGUGUUUGGCCAUACUGAAUCUUCUUGUAAUAAGAAAAAAGAGGUGGUUUGGAGACCAAAAGAACAGAACACUAAUGGAGCUAACUUAGUCAAAUAUGUUGAAGAUGCAAAUCUGGGCAACUUUGAGAUGCAGAAGGAUGCCAGUUCUUCAAAGCAAAAUAAUGAAGCUGGUUUCAUGACUAAACCGGCUGACAGUACUAUGGAGAUUCCACAUGUUCAGCCGAAAACUAAUGUUAUUGAGGUAGCUACUAAUCAAGAAUCCAGGGUUGAUCAGGUGGCUGGUGACAGAGAAGUUUCAGACAACAACUUAGAUCAUGAGGGGGAAUGGGUCACACCUAGGAAAGUGGGUGGGAAGAAGUUGGUGGCUUCUAAGGCUCAGAACAAGUUGAAAAAUGCAUAUAAUGUCUUACUAGACAAGAGAUUGGAGGGUUCGAAAUUGGAUUUCAAUGCAAACAAAAAAUCAAAUGGGGGAGUUCCAAAUUCUUAG